AACCUAAUCACCCUUAAUCUCCCUAACCCAUGAACUCAAAAGGUGAUUACUCACUAAUUUCCAUGAUUCCUCUUAAACCCAUAUUGGAUUUCAGAUUAACCAUGUAGAGAAAUAGAUAAGAAAUCAACAAGAACACAAGAUGAAAGCAAUGAAAUCUGAAUCAAAAGAGGUUUUUUUUUUACUAGUUCUUCUCUAGAAAAGAGAUUAUCUUGCCUCUCAUGGCUUACCAAGUACUUAACUUAGGUUUAGAAAGUGUAAAAAAUCAAAACAAAUGACCAAAAGGCCCCUGAAAUAACAUAAAAAUCGUCCAAGCAAAACACGCGGAGCGACCUAGCAUAGUCGCUCCCGACGCGUUUUUUUGUGUCUCGACGCGUCAAAACGCGAGUGACUUGAGCUGGUCGCUCUGGCUGGUCGCUCUGGCUGGGAGUGACUUGAGGUAGUCGCUCUGGACUGGUCGCUCUGGCUGGGAGCGACCUCGGUAGGUCGCUCUGAGAGGUCACUCUGCGAUGCUCGACCAGGAUGGAUAUGCCUCUAGUAAAUUGAUCAUAACUCCUUCAUUACAUCUCCAAAUGACUUGAAACCACUUCCAUUAGAAACCUAACUCAAUUUGCUGUGUCUCCACAAAAUCUUAGAAACAGAAGAUUUCUCUAAAGGCUCCAUCCAUGCUCAUCUUUCACCCCCCCUUUUGGAUCACAAUGCUCCCAAACAUCUCAAAUCACUCCAUGGCACAAUCCAGCACCUAAUAAGGACAAUGAAUGCAAAAUGCAACCUAGACAUGGCUAAAUCCUAAUCUAUAUGAUGAAAAUGCUCAUGGAUGAAUGGAUAAAACAAUGUAAAUAUGCAAGAUAUCAUGUUCAUCUAUCUCUCUAAACAUGAUUUGUCUUGAACUUAACAUGGGUUUAAGAUCUAUCAUGACAAUUAGUGAGUAGACUCAUCUGAAUCUAUGGGUUAGGCAGAUCUGAGGUGAUUAGUGAAGAGUUAUGGUGUUUGUUACUAGAUCUAUUUGUUUCUAUGCUUGCUAAGGGUUCUUAAUGCUAGAUCUAGAUUCUAAGCUAUUUCACACCCGGAAAGUGUUUGUUGAAAUGCUUGAACGAAAUUAGUGAAGCUUUUGCAUGAUUGGCCAACGGAAGUUGAUGUUAAGACUGCUAGAUGGUUAUUAGACUUGUAAUUCAUGCAUGCUAGAUUGCGUUAGGCCAACGGCAGUUGAUGUUUAAUUCAUGAUAGCAUAGGGGUUUCUGUCACGGAAGUGGAUUAAUCUAUCUGAAUGAGAUCUAGACCUAUAGAACUUGUAGAUUGUUUGGAUAACACCUUGACUUGGAAGCUAGUCAUCUUGGAUCGAUUCCCUUAUACCCAUGGGCUCUCCCUUAAUAUUGAUUGAAAACUUGCUCUGUUCUCUGUUACUUUAGUUCUUAAUUUUAGUUUCAUUACUGUUACUUGAUUACCAUUCCAACACAUCUUUGAUUGCACUUAGAUUUGAGUAAAUAUCUUGCAUUCUCAUUGCUUAGAAUCACCUUAGGACUGGAUUGACACUUCAAAUACUACAUCGGUUUGAGGAUUAAACUUAUCUUAAAUCAAUUACCAGUCAAAUUAACAACAUAAGAGAUUGAGAGGAUUUUCGAAGAGGUAAAAUUUUAAAAUUUUAUUUAAAUGAAUUUGACUAUUUUAAUAUAAUUAACUAUAUUAUUAUGUUUUCUUUUAAAGGUGGCUCCUAGAAAGAAGGUACAGACGGUGGAAAUAGGUUAUGUCAACGAAUUUGCAAGGGCGACUUUGUCAUACUCUUCGAGACGGGGCCAGGACACUUCUUGGAUGCAGGCUCGAACGGAUUCCCAACAGGAUCGUUUGGACUCCCUGGGGGAUCUGCUGGACUUGAUGGCGUUGGAAAACCCGACUUUCCAGAGAGUGUUGGAGGCUAGACGAGCGGCUCUCAAGAUGCAACAACGGAAUCCCGAAUCAACCGAUCGAGAGUCUCAAGAACCGAGUGCUACUGCUAACUACGUUUAGAAUGUGCUCCCGUACCUUUUUAAUUUCUUUCGUUUUGUAUUAUAAAUUUUAUUAUUUUUUGACAUUUAUCUAGUUUUUAAAAUUUUGUUUCGUUUUUUAUAUUUUAUUUUAUAAUUAAAAUAUUUUAAAUUUCAAAUAUUUCAUAAUAAAUUAAAUAAUAAUUAUAUAUUUAUAUAUAUGAAAAUGUAAUUCACUGUAAACUUUACAUGGAACUCGUAACUCCUCAUAAAUUUUACGAGUUCUUUACAUCGCAAGACAUGUUAAAUCCUCGUAAAUAUUACUUGGAGGUUACAUCGAAACCUUUCGAGUACUUUACAACGAAAUGUAACGACGCUAUUACACGAUAUCAUUCCUUCGGUGUUACGACGAAUGUUCGUCCUUGUAAAUGUUACGAGGCCGUUACGACAAAACUUCCGUUACGACAGAUGUUUAUUUUCUCUUUAAUUCGUCGUAAUCGGCGUAACAGCCCGAUUAUGAUAACCAGGAAUACGGUCCUCGUAAAAUAUAUGUUUUUUUGUAGUGUGAAUUAUACUACUAAUUAACCUAAAUGUAUUUUUUGGUAAAACUAAAUGAUUUUUCUUUGGGUAUAAGAACAAAACCUAAGCGUUCUUUAACAGAAUGCUAUGGCACUGUGCCCGCUACGUCUAACUGCAUAAAAUAAGUGCAGGCCUGUUGCCACUUUAUCGUUUUGUUAAAAAGAACAAAGGUAAUCGUAAGUUAAUAUGAAAGGAGACAAAUAUGUAUAUUUCUCUUUUAAUAAACAACAAUAUUACUGAAAUUCGACCGAUGGAAUCUCACGAGCUGCGAGGACGAACAAAAGUUUUGGGGAGAAAAACCAAGCGCAUGUGGAGUAUUGUGGCUGAAUGAUUAGCUUCGCUUUUGUGCAUCAUAUAUUAGAAUUUAGUUGUCAGGAAAUCACCGUUAAACUACGCAAGCAAGCGUAGUCUGAGUACUACGACGAACUUGAAAAUGUGUUAAUAAUCUCGGGUUCGAAAUCUAUCUAAUUUAAAUUUACCUUUUUGUGGCUAAGUGACACAGUUAUCUAAUUUCUAUUACGAACAACCAGAUCUGUCUGAAACUAGUGAACAGACUCCUAAAAAACUAGUCGGUUAGGCCUCUCAGAUAUUUCUGGCUUAUCAAAAAAGAAAAAUCACCAUUAUAAUGGACAAAGUUGUUUCAAAAUUUGUCUUCCAUGUGUUAACUAUUGACAAGUACACAUAUUCAAAUCAAUAUUUAUGAAAAAGUCAUAUACCAAUUAUAUAUUUUACGUACAUCAAUAAGACAAUAAUCGAUUCCCCUAUAGUCAACUAGUGCCUGAUUUUAUGCGUUGCUAGCUCAUUUUGUAUCACAACUAGUCAUAUAUAAAAUUCUAUACAACUUUAUCCAGCUAUCUAAUAUCGAGAUAAUUUAAAUAUUAUAUUGAUAUAUUUGAUAUUUUCAUUACCAUAAUAGUUUGCAAUUUACAAUAAAGAUAUAACUUAGGCACAAACUGAUAGUCAAUUGAUCUUCUGUCCAUUGUGCUCCAUCUUUCUUUCGCAAAGAUAUAUGUUGUGUUAAAUUCUAAAACCGGUAAUCAAAUUUAGAGAUUAGAAAAACAAUAGUUAUAGAGAUGACACCAGAGAUUUUGUUUAUUGAAAUGCAUAAACCAAAGGGGAAAAGAUGAUACCAAUUUGAAUUCUCGAGAAUGAAUAAUAUAUAGUCAAUAGUUUAAGAUCGCGUAGUCGUUCUUUUCUCUCUUUUUGCUUCUCGCUUCUUUCUCCUUUUAAGAACCAUUUCAUUUUCUUUGCUUCAACUAUUCCUUGUAAUCUUCAUUACAGCAACUCACUUGCACAGUCAUCGACAAAGCAAUUAGUAGUUAUGUUCAACGCUGCGUCUAGGUCUUGCCUACUCAUUUUAAGCCGUCCUGCUUGUAUCAGAGUCCUUCUUCGCAAGCAGGUGGAGUGCUAAUUGAGAAUGGACCUAAAAUCUCUUUUUUAUUAUUCGUUGGCCUUGUUUUUCUUUUUGGACUGGAUCGAUCCGGGGUCUGUAUAGUUAUUUAUAUGCUCAAAUUAUCUUAAGCAACUCUCAAAAAUAAGAUUGUCGUAGUAGUAUUUGAGGAUCAUAUUCAGAGAGAUAAUAUUUUUCACAGUAGAUUUUGGUUUCAAAUUAAGCUAGGCAAAUAAUUUAAAAGCGGAAAGAAGACAGUAAAUAAAAGAGAAUCUGUAACGAUGGAGAAAAACGUUAGAUCUAGGGAUUUAUCAAUGGUGCAAAGGAUUUGUAAGAUUCAAUUCCAAAACUCAAAUGCAAUCAGUAAGUUAUCCAACUCUCGUUGCGAUAAACUACCAGAUGUCUAACUAUAAUCUAAUACCAACUCUCAUUGUGUAUCUAAUGAAUCAAACAAGAAUACACUAGAUUCGAUAUUUUUCAACUAAAAAUCCUAGACCGAACCUGCUGCGAAUGGAAAUCUAGUUCAACAAGACUAGAUUCAGGUAUUGAUUACACUCUCGUGUGUCACGAUGAUCAUACGAUUCUACGUUCUAGUUAAUGUAUCUAGAUCCUAGUAUGAUAAAUAAUCCUAGUGUAGAAUUUUAUGAAGAACCCUAGCGAUCAAUGAUUAUCAGUUUGACAUGAAACUCAUAAAAUCUCUAAACCUAAAAAAGAAAACUACUUAGUCAUGAAAGAAAUAACACAAAUCAGAGUCUGAAUAAAUAUUAUAUAAAUAAAUAAAGAGUUCUAAAAAGAUCUUUGAAGGAGUUUAAUCUUCUCACCAAACCUAAAAGAAAACUUAGCCCAAAAAAAGGUUGGAAAAAGAUAAAUUCAUGUUAAACACGUUUUUUGUUCAUUUGUAAAUAAAGGAAAUUUCUUGGCUAAACUGAAUUCUUGGAAUUUGAUAAAAACUUGUCGGAUAUGAAUCAAGAAGUAAUGUCGUUCGACACCAAAGUGGUGUCGGUUGAUAUUAGAUUAAAACCUCGACAGUUUUCUCUCUCCCGUCAGUUAUACCACUUUUCAGUAGACCGAACAUAAAUUUUGAUCCAAUCGUAUGAUUGACUUCAAACCGGUGGCAUUUGAAUGUAAACUCAAUUCUAUAUAUUGUAUCAAAAUAUAAGCUUAGCCAGAUCCUGGAAAUUUCUCAAUCCAUUGUUAAACUUCUAACGCAUUUGUGUAGUUAUGCAUUUUAAAUAGUUCGAGAAUCUCUAAAGUUGCCUAAAAUAUACAUAAAGCUGAAAUGAUUCAAAAUACAUCACUUAUACAAUGAUCAAAAAGUGGUAAAAACCUCGGUAUAUCUGUUAUUUGGGUCCAUAUCAAACAUGUUCUAUUUCAAUUUUCUGGAUACGUAGUAGUGGAAUUUAUUUUUACACUUUGCAAGAAAACUUUGAAGACCGCCUUUAUUUGUCAAUUUUCUCCAGAAAAAAAUGAAUUAAUUUGAUUCUUGGACCGAAGCCAAUUCAUAACUUCGUUUAGGCAACAACUUUUUCGAUGCCUAUGUAUCAAUUUUCUAAUCAGGAUUUCAAACUAGGCUUAGACUGUGAUAGAUUUUCUCCACACACACAAGAGCGUAUCACGUGGUUGAGAGCCUUCAUAUUAGUUUUAUUAUUAAUUGAAACGAAAAUGAUUUAAGUCUUUUUAUUUGUUUUGUUUUUCUUUUGGCUUUUGAGUAUAUUCGAGUGUCUUUUAUUCGUCAACUGUGUAUAUUUUAGAGAAUUUCUAAAGCAUCUGUAUAUUUGCUUUUAUAAUAACAUCUAUGGACAAAAUUAGUUGAAUUCAUCUCUCUAUUAUUCUUCUAAAAUAAUUAUUUAUACAUUUUCUUCUAUUUAGAAAUAAUAUUCUUUUAUAUUCUAUUCUAUAUUUGAAGAUUAAUAUUAUAGAACAAUACAUGGGAACAAAUCUCAUAUAUAUUUAUUAUAGAGUUGUUCUAUUUUAAACGUAAAAAUAACAAAAUACAUGUAUUCACAUGUUUACGUGUUGUUAAACUAUAUAUUAAAGGGGCUUCAUAUAUAUCUGGCAUCCUCCACCUGCAUUUCCUCCCUAAAUUCCUCAUAUUUUGUUUCUUUUCCUCUCUUGGUUUCCGUCAUGGGGAGAGAGACGAAGGUGUGCAAGUCAUGGAACGAAAUUAAGAAACAUCUAAAUGAUACCGUUUCAAAGAGCAUAGUCGGUCGUUACUUCAAGCUAGAAGCAAGAAAAUCAAAUUUCACAACCGAACUACGAGCUGCAACAGCCACAUUCCUCACCAUGGCUUACAUCAUUACCGUAAACGCCACCAUCCUAGCCGACUCUGGUGCCACUUGCUCUUUCCAUGACUGCUCCACCGACUCUGGUUCUUCAUCACCUAAACCGAGCUGCGUCCUUGGCUCUAACCAAGGCUACGAAGAAUGUCUGACGAGGGUCAAAAAGGACCUCGUUGUAGCCACUUCUUUGUCAGCCAUGGUGGGAUCUUUAGCUAUGGGGUUGUUAGCUAAUCUCCCAUUCGGACUUGCUCCUGGUAUGGGUGCCAACGCUUACAUCGCAUACGACGUAGUUGGUUUUCGCGGUUCCGGUUCAAUCUCUUACCAUACCGCAAUGGCCAUUGUGCUACUCGAGGGAUGCGCAUUUCUUGCAGUGUCUGCUUUAGGACUCCGCGGAAGACUGGCUCGUCUCAUCCCUCAAACGGUGAGACUAGCAUGCGCUGUUGGUAUCGGAAUGUUCAUUGCCUUUGUUGGUUUGCAGAUGAACCAAGGUAUUGGUCUUGUGGGACCAGAUAAGUCAACUUUAGUAACGUUGACCGCAUGCUCAGAGACAGAUCCCGUCACCGGAGCUUGUCUGGGAGAGAAAAUGGAGAGUCCUACGUUUUGGUUAGCAGUCGUCGGGUUUCUCAUAACGAGCUACGGUCUCAUGAAGAACGUCAAGGGGAGUAUGAUAUAUGGAAUCGUUUUCGUUACGGUUGUUUCUUGGUUUAGAAACACCCAAGUCACAACCUUUCCUCACACUCCUCUCGGAGACUCAAACUAUAACUACUUCACAAAAGUUGUUGACUUUCACAAGAUCCAGUCAACGUUAGGAGCUAUAAGCUUCACGGAGUUUAGAAAGAGCGAGGUUUGGGUCGCGUUCGCUACUCUCUUUUACGUCGAUCUCCUCGGCACGACUGGAGUACUCUACACGAUGGCUGAGAUCGGAGGCUUCGUGGAGGAGGACGGAAAGUUCGAAGGAGAAUACACUGCCUACUUAGUGGACGCAGGCUCCUCCGUUGUGGGGUCAGCGUUAGGCGUUACAACGACAGCGACUUUUGUAGAAUCUUCUGCGGGUUUGAAAGAAGGAGGGAAAACGGGGUUAACGGCCGUUAUCAUCGGUAUGUACUUCUUGGUGUCCAUGUUCUUGACGCCGUUAGUGACUAACGUGCCUAGGUGGGCGGUGGGACCCUCACUAGUGAUGGUUGGUGUGAUGAUGAUGGGAGUUGUGAAAGAUAUUAGAUGGGGAGAGACUAAAGAAGCCGUUACGGCGUUUAUAACGAUCUUGCUUAUGCCGUUGACUUAUUCCAUUGCUAAUGGGAUUAUUGCUGGUAUUGGUAUAUAUCUUGCUCUAAGCAUGUACGAUAUCGUUUCGGGAUUCGUCACGUGGCUUAACGGAGUUAGGAAACGGGUCAUGAGAGAACAUAAUCAAGUUUUCUCUGACGCGACCGUCGAGAUCGUAUGAUUUUAUACGGUAAUUGAUGUCACUAAACCGGUUUACUGGUCUGAGUGUACCGGAAGUGGUGGACGUUUCACAUGGUCGGUCGUCGGAUGACUAUGCAAAGACCCGUAAUGAAUGCUCGGUGGGUUUUAUUUAUGUUCCUUUUCUCUUUGUUGCUUUUGUUAUUUUGGUUUAGUUUGCGUAAGAGUGAGUAGUGAACUAGCAUUGGAUGCAUUAGCUGCCAUGAAGUGUGCUGUUAAAAUUCACGGCUGCUUGUGCAUGCAUUGUUUUUAUGUUUCAACCAAACGCUUUUAUUCAGUUUGAAUGUAGCAAAUACAUCAAUCAGAGACGUUUGGAUCUUAAUUAA